AUGGCUGCACAACAACAAGAACUAGAUGAGAAGAACCCAUUCUAUGAGUUAGUUGUUAUUUGUAGUACUUCUGGUCAAUUUGACCAAACCGUCAAUUCGUUCAAAGAUAUUAUAAAGAAGUCUAAGUUAGUAUGUAUAAAGGAUACUGAGUUGUUAGAUUGGAUAAAGAAGUACCAAAGAAGAGUUUUGAAGUACAAUGCUAUAAAUGAGUAUAUAAAUUCUAAGUUUAAAGACCCAAAUGAGGAAAUGCAGAGAAUAUUAGAGAAGAAACACUUCAGAAACAAACAGAAAGAGAUAGAAUACAUUUCGAAGAAAUUGCAAUCUUACGAUUGGAAGACAUACCCUCAUAGAUGUCUUCUUAUCUUAGAUGAUUUCGCCUCUCAUCCUUUGUUAAAGAAUAGAGAACAAGAUAUGUGUCGAAUUCUUAAGAAGCUCAGACACUUUAACAUCUCAGUUGUCAUUUGUGUACAGACAGCAAAGAGUUUAAGUAAGGAUGUAAAGAGAAUACUGACUGACAUUGUACUUUUCCCCGGAUUGUCCGAAGACGAUUUCAUGGAACUUAUGAAAGAGUCCAUGGCAGGUAAGUUUGACAGAUAUGAACUAUGGGAGAAGUAUAAAGUCAUACAAGACCCUCAUACUUCUUUCAGAAUUCAUAUCUACGCAAACAAAGUUCAAAUUGUAAAAAGUCAAGCGUAA